UAUAAAUAGCUCAAAUUCAAAACCUUUCCCUUUCUCUCAAAGGAUUAUAUUUAUUCAAAUGCCUUCUCUAAUGUCAAGGCCUUUGUUUCUCAGUUUCUGCUUAUUUCUGCUAUUUUUCAGCUCAAAUUCAUCAGAUAAUGACUCUCAAAAGACAUAUAUUGUGUAUAUGGGAAGUCAUCCAAAAGGGAAAGUUUCAACUUCAUCUCACCAUAUAAGAUUGCUAAAAGAAACCAUUGGCAGUACUUUUGCUCCACAUUCUUUACUCCAUAGCUACACGAGAAGCUUCAAUGGAUUUGUUGCAAAGUUGACUGAACCUGAAGCAAAGAAAGUUUCAGAAAUGGAAGGGGUAAUAUCAGUUUUCCCAAAUGGGAAAAAACAACUCCACACAACAAGAUCUUGGGACUUCAUGGGUUUCUCCGAGCAAGUGAAGAGAGUUCCGGCGGUGGAAAGCAAUGUGAUAGUGGGAGUACUCGACAGCGGAAUUUGGCCGGAAUCUCCUAGUUUUGACCACACAGGAUACGGUCCGCCGCCGCCCAAGUGGAAGGGCAGCUGUGAAGUCUCCGCCAAUUUCUCUUGCAACAAUAAAAUCAUUGGAGGUCGAGCAUAUCGUAGUGAUGGUAAACACCCAGAAGGCGACAUCAAAGGUCCAAGAGAUUCGGAUGGCCACGGGACACACACAGCAUCGAUUGUGGCCGGAGGGGUGGUUCGACAAGCCAGCAUGUUGGGACUCGGCCUUGGCACAGCAAGAGGCGGGGUCCCAUCAGCACGCAUUGCCUCAUACAAAGUAUGCUGGUCCGAUGGCUGCACAGAUGCCGACAUUCUUGCUGCAUUCGACGACGCCAUUGCGGACGGUGUCGAUAUCAUCUCCGGCUCUCUUGGGGGAUCAGGGAUCAGAGAUUACUUCAACGACUCCAUAGCUAUUGGAUCUUUCCAUGCAAUGAAGAAGGGAAUUCUUACGUCAUUAGCUGUUGGAAAUAACGGCCCAGAUUUCACAAGCAUUGUUAACUUCUCGCCGUGGUCGUUGUCGGUAGCGGCUAGCACCACUGAUCGGAAAUUCGAAACUAAAGUUGAGCUCGGAGAUGGAAGAGAAUUUAAUGGAGUCAGCAUCAAUACAUUUGAUUUAAAAGGAAAACAAAUUCCAUUGGUUUAUGCUGGAGAUAUUCCUAAGGCUCCGUUCGACAGUUCCGUAUCAAGGAUGUGCUUUGAGAACACAGUGGAGUUGGAGUUGGUAAAAGGUAAAAUUGUAGUAUGCGAUUCAUUAGCUGUUCCAGGAGGAGUUGUGGCUAUAAAAGGAGCGGCGGGCAUUAUAAUGCAAGACGAUUCUCCACAAGAUGAUACCAACUCUUUUCCAAUUCCUGCUUCUCAUCUUGCCCCAAAACCUGGUGCUCUCAUUCUCUCUUAUAUCAACUCAACCAACAGCCUUCCAACAGCAACUAUAAUGAAGAGCACAGAAAGGAAACGUAAAAGAGCUCCUUUUGUUGCAUCUUUUUCAUCCAGAGGUCCAAACCCAAUAACCCCCAACAUUCUCAAGCCAGAUUUGACAGGUCCAGGAGUAGAAAUUCUUGCAGCAUGGCCUUCAAUAGCUUCACCCUCAGGAGCUGAAGAGGAUAGUAAAAGAGUUGCUUAUAAUAUCCUUUCAGGAACCUCUAUGGCUUGUCCACAUGUCACUGCAGCAGCUGCUUAUGUUAAAUCAUUUCAUCCUACUUGGUCUCCUGCUGCACUUAAAUCUGCUCUUAUCACUACAGCAUUUUCAAUGAGUCUUAAACGUAAUCCAGAUAAAGAGUUUGGAUAUGGUGCUGGUCACAUAAAUCCACUAGGCGCAGUGCAACCUGGUUUAGUUUACAAUGCUUCCGAGAUUGACUACGUAAAAUUUCUAUGUGGUCAAGGUUAUAACACCGAGUUGCUCCAACGAGUCUCAGAAGACAAUGAUACUUGUUCUUCGAACAAUUCCGACACGGUGUUCGACCUUAACUAUCCUUCCUUUGCUCUUUCCACAAAUAUCUCAAAAUCAAUCAACCAAGUUUACAAGAGGAUUGUCACCAAUGUUGGAUCAAAAUAUGCAACAUAUAAAGCUACCAUAAUUAAUCCUUGGAAGAAUCUUGAGAUCACAGUAAAUCCAUCUGUUCUUUCAUUCAAGAAUUUGGGAGAGGAGCAAACUUUUGUGCUUACAAUUAAAGGAAGAAUUAGUAAAAAUAUUGAAUCAGCUUCUUUGGUGUGGGAAGAUGGGAAACACAAAGUGAGGAGUCCUAUUACAAUAUUUGAUUCUAAUAUUCAUUCUUCCUAAUUAAAUUUCCAUAUAUAUAUAUAUGUAAUUCAAGUAUUUUCUUAAAUUGUAGGGUCAAAAAGAGUAGUUUUGUUGGUUUUACAGCUUAAUUUAUUUAAAUUUGGUUUGUUGGUCAAAAAGACAUAUUUCACCUCAAGAUGUGUGUAUGAUUUCCUACAAUUGAAUAAACACUAUCAAUAAAACAUGUUUGUAUAUUGUCUUCCU